UAGUAGUGUAGUACAAGGAACUUCUUACAAAAAGAAACGUGUCACUCAUUAUCAUUUCGAGCAGCUUUAAACUUAAAGGACUUUUCCUUGAUGGUGGUGCGAAACCAUAUUCUUCACAUGGUUUAUUUCACUGCUAAUGUUAUCAGAAUCAGAUGAGGUAUAUUAUCAUUUAUUAUCAAAUAGCCGAUCAUGUGUGACGCUGAUAACCGAACUUGAAGUUGGAACCCUCUGAAACAGACGACGUUUGGUAAAUGAGAGCGAAAAUUAACAUGAGGAGUGACAAUAAUGGGAUAUGAGACUCAGAAGAAGACAGUUUGACAAGGGUGGAACACAAGUCAGAUGAAGGAGAAGCAGAAGUGAUGCCAUAUUCUUUGCAAAGUUCUCUGCUGCCUCUGGGCCUUUGUUAUGGCUCUCUGGCACUAUUUACAUCUAUCCUCCACAAUGUUUUCUUGUUGUACCACAUAGAAACAUUUGUGUCAAUUUACAAAAUUGACAGGACAUCUUUCUGGAUUGGAGAAACAGUUUUUCUGAUCUGGAACUCCUUCAAUGAUCCUCUCUUUGGAUGGAUAAGUGAUCGCAAAUAUUUAUCACAGAAGGAAGGAAGUCAUUGUCCCGACAUUGUUCUCAGACGCUUGCAGGCUCUCACAUGGAAUGGACCAUUGUUUGGACUAUCUUUCAUGGUGUUUUGGGUUUCUUGGCACUUUCCUUCACUUCAGUUUGUCAUAUGUUUGUGCCUUUAUGAUGGGUUUCUGACUAUGGUGGACUUACACCAUUCAGCCCUCUUAGCUGAUCUGGCAAUAUCUGCAGACACCAGAACAAGACUGAACUCUUAUUGCUCAGUUUUCAGUACUUUAGGCUCUUUCUCAGUGUUUAUGUCUUACAUGAUGUGGGACAAGGAUACUUUGACAUCUUUUCAACUGUUUUGCGCUGCACUUACAGUAUUUUCUAUAUGUGGGUUCCUGAUGAGCACAAGAGUAAUGAGAAAAGUAUACACCAAAGCUGCCAAACAAGGGGUUUUAGAAACAGAAAAAGACAGUGAUGAAGAUGAAGAAAAUGCAGAAUGGAACCAACACACAUCAACUAUAAAGGACUAUGUGACGCAGCUGUCUAAGCAUCGGAAUUUUAUGUGGUUUUCACUUAUGAACUUGAUCCAGGUAUUUCACUGCCAUUUCAACAGCAAUUUUUUCCCCAUUUUCUUGGAAAAUUUACUUGGAGAUGCCAUAUCUCCUCCUACUGCUUCCAUGUUACUUGGUCUGUCAUUUGUUGCACCACAUAUAAAUAACCUGUACUUUUUGAGCCUGUGUAGAAAAUAUGGAGUUUACAGAGUUAUUCAGCUGCUGUUUGCCAUCAAACUUGGUUUGAGUGUGGUCAUGUUGGGCCUUGGAAGACACCACAUAUGGGUACUCUGUGCAUACAUAGCCAGUAAUCGCAUAUUCACUGAAGGGACCUGUAAGCUGCUGAACCUAGUCAUUAGUGAUCUGGUUGACGAAGACUUUGUACUACACAACAGAAACCAAGCAGUGUCAGCUCUCAUGUUUGGAACUGCAGCCCUGGUGUCUAAGCCUGGACAGACUCUAGCUCCACUUAUUGGAACAUGGCUGUUGUCAGUGCAGACAGGUCAUGAUAUAUUCCAGUCUGGUAAUGAAGGUGGUUCAAUCAAGUUGAACAUGAAAACCAUGCCUGAACAUGAAAAGGAGCUCCAGCGUCAGGGCUGUUUCACCAUACUUGUGUAUAUCCCUAUAGUAUGUGCAAUACUUCAGCUGCUGGCGUGGUCAAGAUUCAAACUGCGUGGAAGACGAUUGAGAAUGAUAAAGUCCAUGAGGGAUGGAGUUGAGACACAUAAGGUUUAGCUUAUUGCUAAAGUCAAUUUUUGGUGCUAAAUUCAUUUUAACAGGUGUUUCUGUAUUUGAAAAUAUCAAGUGCUUAGGAAGUUAUCCAAUUUCCAUUGAUCUAUUUCUUGAACUUGGGUCAUUCCUUGGGCAAUAAUUUUGUUGUCAUUAUAAACAACUUUAUUCAUUUAUUAGACAUCAGAUUUUUUUAUGGAUAAGUAAAGUCCCAUUUGUGUUAAUACUCAACUUCUACUUAAAAGUUCUUGAGUAAAAUGUUUAUGUUAUGUUGCCAAAAGAAAAAAUCUAAUAUAGCUGGAGAGGUGUGACAUUCAUGGUAUUUUAAAAUAAAAAUGCAGCUAAACACUAUAUUUUAAAUUUUAUUUUAAUAAAUAUUAUAAUUUCGUUUUUUUUUUUAAUUAGUAGGGUGAGGAAAUUUCAUUGGUUUAUUCUAACAGUGUCAAAUAUUCAGUUUAAUCUCGCCUUAGACAAGUGUUGAUUAUAAAAUUGAUAAAGCUCAGUCUUCAGUAUAUUGAUAACGGUAUGUCAUUUGAAAGCUAAGCUUUAGCAUGAUAACAUAAUGUUUUUCUUGUUUUCAUAUUUCAUGAUUUUUACAUUUUAACAUUGUUGUCAAAUAUUUCGACACUACAUGUGAACACAUCUUUAAAGAUGACCAUUUUUUUUCUUGAGCAGAGGUGUGCAUUAUCUUGGUAGUUGGAUCAUAUAUAGUAAUUAUUU